CAUUGACAAUCACCAUCAAUCGCUACGUCAAAGUCAAGUAAACAAUUCUCAAUUUGUUUAUUAAAAAAAUUAACAUUCAACAAGCAAAAAUAUAAUGUAAAACACAAAUUUCUUAUAUGCAUUAACUACAUUUAAUAAAGCAAAAAUGUUAGAACAAGAUUCAAUUUCCGGCAGCAAUCCAGAGAGCGAAGAAGAGGAAAAUUCCGAAUAUGAUCAGGAGGACCACUGCUGCGCCCCCGCUCCCCCAAAACCGAACUCCGCUGGGGCAUUAAAACUGAGGUCAUGGCUCAACAAAACCCUUAAAAUAAAAAUGACCGAUGGCCGAACCCUUAUGGGUGUAUUCCUCUGUACAGAUCGUGAUGCCAAUGUCAUAUUAGGUUCCUGUUCAGAAUUCUUACCUCCAGAUCCAAAUGUAUCAAACGAAGAUGUCAGGAUGUUGGGACUCGUUAUGAUUCCUGGAAAGCAUAUUGUGUCAGUACAUAUAGAUGUGAAUGAGUAUCCGACUGGCGGACACAACACUCCUAAUACGAAUUCACAAGAGAAUUUAAAUUAUGUGUAGUGUGAUGUAUUUUUGUAAUAUAGACACUUCUUUUGUUAA